AUGGCAAUGCGAGAGGCCAAGAAGAAUCCAAGGAUCACCACCGAGGCCAUUCUGCUGAAUCUGAGCAAUUCUGGUACCAACAUCUCAAGGCAGACACUCCAGCGAACACUGCACAACACUGGUCUCCUGGACGCUGACCAAGGAGGACUCCACUUCUCUAAGACAGAUUCCUUUUUGUCAUUGUAUGGUUCGGUGCAUCCUCCACAAGCUGGACUGGCCCCGCAGGCCGUGCCCGUGAUGGAUCGUGGGUUAUUCAGCUGCUUACACAGCACCCUGCUGCCGCCCCAAGCCCUGCACACCGCUCUCACUCUGCACGGCUGUUCCGAUCACUUGUCUGCCCCUGACCAGCGCACCUGCCCCUCCUCCUCCAGCCUCGGCCCCGGUUACCUGAGUAAUGAGGGGCUCUUCGGCAGACCUGAGUAUCAAGACGGACCUCCAGUUCCACCACAACAGGUCCCCAGACCACAGCAACCAGUAGAUUGGCAUACUUCCACUGGGAUUCACCGUGCUUCAGCAGCCGCUGCCAGUUUCAGGCAGCGUGUGCCCGGCACUGAGACAGGAUCCCUGGACUUUUCGGAUCCUGAGGGCCCAAAUCUCCGUUCCGGCACCCUGGACCAUAGUGGAGGGGCUUCAGAACGGACUUUGUGUGUGUCCAGCGACUUUGGGAAACAAACAGUGCCUCCAUUGGCAGCAGAUACGAGAAACGGCAAGCGCAGAACUGAGAGUUCAGAGUCCCACAAUAUAAAUCAAAUCAAACCAGAUGUGAACAGCAAACCCAGAAAGGAGAGGACUGCUUUCACCAGAGAGCAGAUUCGGGAGCUGGAGGUGGAGUUUGCCCAUCAUAAUUAUUUAACCAGGCUAAGGCGUUAUGAAAUCGCUGUGAACCUGGACCUCACGGAAAGGCAGGUGAAGGUGUGGUUUCAAAACAGACGAAUGAAAUGGAAGCGAGUGAAAGGAGGGCAUCAUGGAGCAGUGGUGAGGGAGACAGAAAUGAUGAGCGUGGAAAAAGGUUCACUGCUGCCAUCAGAGUUUGCUGGAACCACAGAGCAUCACCAUACUGUAGACUCACCAGCUAAUGAGGACAGUCAUAACAGUGACCAGAACACUGAGCAUGCUCAGUUAGAAUGGCAAGGAGACUAA